UUGCACUUUUUCAGCGUAAAUAAUAAUUGUUUGUUGACAAACAAGAACGUCGCAAUACUGAUUCGAUUGUUAUUGAUGAUGAAAUGAAGCGUAAUGUCAAAAGAAAUUAAUCAGUAGCGAGUGAUAUAUAAAAUGGGGUUUUUUUGCGGAGAUUUCGUGUAAUUUUAUUAUGUACGAUGGGGAAACGAAAAGCCAGUGAUAAUGUAAAAAAUCCAAAUCAAGAUUUAUGUGAAUUUUUGAUGGAAUUGGCAAAUUAUGAACGAAAUGUCAGCAAAAAUAUUUAUAAAUACAAUGCCUAUCGCAAAGCAGCUGGCAGUUUAAGCAGUUUGCCUCAUAGAAUAGAAAGUGGCGAUGCAGCAAAAAAAUUACCCGGAAUUGGAGACAAAAUUGGGAAAAAGAUCGACGAGUUUCUUAGCACUGGAAAAUUACAAAAACUGGAAACUAUCAAUAAGGACGAAACCAAUGUUGCAAUUAAUUUGCUAACACGCGUAUCUGGUAUCGGGCCUGCAAAAGCAAAGGAACUAGUGGAUGCUGGUAUCAAGUCUUUGGAUGAUUUAAAAAAGUCCUCGGACAAACUUAAUCAUCAUCAAAAAUUAGGUCUCAAGUAUUUCGAAGACUUUGAGAAAAGAAUUCCGAGAAAGGAAAUCGAGAAACUCGAAAAACUUAUGAAAGAUGCUAUUACGGAACUGAGCAAUGAAUAUAUUGUAACGAUAUGUGGAAGUUAUAGGCGUAAUAAAGAAGAAAGCGGCGAUAUUGAUGUUUUAUUGACGCAUCCGACGUAUACUUCUAAAGAAAAAGAAUCAAAGACAAAAGUUUCAAUUUUAAAGAACGUUGUCGAAUGCCUCAAGAAAAAAGAAUUAAUUGUCGAUACGCUGUCUCUUGGAUCAACAAAAUUUAUGGGUGUUUGUCGCGUUCCGGACGAUAACAGGAAACCAUUUAGAAGGCUUGAUAUUAUAUUGGCGCCUUAUGAUCAGUAUUAUUGUGCUGUACUUUAUUUCACUGGAAGCGACCUUUUCAACAAAAAUAUGAGGGCACAUGCUUUGGAAAAAAAAUACACCCUGAACGAAUAUACAUUGAAACAUCUCACACCCGAAGGAGUACCUGGAAAGGCAGAAAAAAUUACAUCCGAAGAAGACAUUUUUCGAAUUUUGGAGUUACCGUACAAAGAACCAAAGGACAGAAACGGCUCUUCCUCCUGUUUAGCAAGACCACGGGCUACAAAGAUGGCGAAACGCAAGCACUCCACCGAUGUUAUCUACAUGCCUGGUACAUACGAAGAUGACGAUCACAAGGAGUACACUAUAGGCAAGUCGCCGGUCAUCGUUAAGUUACCGGUUAGCAAAGACGCGAUUUUCUACAAAAUGGAUCACAAAAUGCGUGGAAAAUGCGUGAUACUGAAUCACGAUACCUUCGAUUCGGAGAUGCUUCAGCCACGAAAAGGAUCUACGAUCGACGUGGAAACGAUAGCGGAGACCUUCAAAAAUCUAGGCUUCACAGUGAUAGAUCAUUCGAACCUUCCUUACGACGACAUCGAAACGAAGAUGAUAGAACUGAGCAAGGACGAUCACAACGACAGCGAUUGUAUUUGCAUCUUCAUACUGACGCACGGGAGGACCAACGGACUGAUACACGCGAGAGACUAUGCUUUCUCGUUAGUGAAACUCUGGGCGCCAUUCACCACGGAUAAAUGUGCCUCGCUUGCUGGAAAACCGAAGCUUUUCUUCAUCCAGGCUUGUCGAGGCUCAAAAUACGACGGUGGUACAAUGGUUUACGCAAGUGGUAAUACAUCGCAAACAGAUUCGGCGGCUACAAUACCUUACAAAAUCCCUACGCACGCGGACUUCCUUUUCGCUUACAGUACAGUGGAAGGUAAAGUUACCAGUCGUAUACGAGCUUAACAAACUGACGAAUUUACAUAUCGAUAAAUGGGCUUGCGACGUUCGCGUAACGAACAAUUUAUAACGUUUGCGUUAUCGGUGUUUUCAGGUUUCUCUUCGUGGCGAGACGCGGAGUACGGCACAUGGUACAUACAGUGUUUGUGCAAAGUUAUACAGGAAUAUUGGGAGACCACCGAUUUGCUGAAAAUGUUGACGAUAACGGCGCGUACGGUCGCCAACGAUUGCACGUCCAGUCACACUAAUCCAGCCAAGAACAAUCAGAAGCAAAUGCCUUCAUUGACGUCCACGUUGACCAGAGAGGUCUUCUUCGCUAAAACAAAAAAAUAAUUAACGUUCAAUGACAGUGUACGAUGAAGUAAUUCUUUUGAGAUCUCUGUUUCUUUUUUUAAUUUUAUACGAACCGUUGAUACCAAACGACGACGCGAAUAAGCGAACAAAUUAUGUGCUCAAUUAUUCGUAGGUUCUGUGCUUUAAUGCGCAGAAAAUAGUUUGUUCGUUCGAAACGCUUCUUCGGCCACGUGGGUCGUUUAAUUGUGAUAAAUGGAUGAAAACGCAUUGAUGGCUCAAUCUUCUCAGCAUCGGCCCACGUUGUCGCGCGCUAUUUUAAGUAGAUAAUCCUGGCUCUCGUUAUUAAUAGCUAAUUUAUUAUACAUUUGUUAGGAUAAUCGUAAUUCGACUGUGCGUGUAUGUAUAUUACGUUAAAUUAAUAUUAUCUGUUUAAUUUUCGUACGAAGCGUUUAAAAGCAGAGCGCGGCAGAUACAAUUUUUAUAACAUUAUUAUCGAUAAUCGUACUAUUUUUGUUUUUGUUAACUACGACGACGAUUUACCAUUUUUACUUCUUAUUU